AUGGCGUCGGCUACUCCACAGAACAGGAAGGAGAGGGCUCCAUCUGAGUCCCAGGGCAGUACACAUGAAGGGGCCCAGAGCUUCACACCUUCCCUGGCCAGACACUCGGAGCCCAGAACUCCAGCCAGCUCAGUGACCCCUGACCUCAGCCGGGGUCUGGGAGACACACAGCAGCAACAGACAGAAGCAGACAAGGGUCCAGAAGAGCUCCUUCCUCCCCCUCCUCCUGUGUCUGUGGAUGCUGAGCUGACUGAGGAUCUUACACCUCUCUUGCCUCCUCCACACGUAUCUGUGGAUUCUGAGCUGACUGAGGAUCUUACACCUCUCUUGCCUCCUCCACACGUGUCUGUGGAUGCUGAGCUGACUGAGGAUCCUACAUCUCUCCUGCCUCCUCCACACGUGUCUGUGGAUGCUGAGCUGACUGAGGAUCUUACACCUCUCUUGCCUCCUCCACACGUGUCUGUGGAUGCUGAGCUGACUGAGGAUCCUACAUCUCUCCUGCCUCCUCCACACGUGUCUGUGGAUGCUGAGCUGACUGAGGAUCUUACACCUCUCUUGCCUCCUCCACACGUGUCUGUGGAUGCUGAGCUGACUGAGGAUCCUACACCGCUCCUGCCUCCUCCACGCGUGCAGGAGCCCCCAACUGCCCCCCUCCUCCAACCUGUGUCCUCAGACAGACCACCAGUGUCUGACCAACUGAGCGCUGCAGUGGAUAGACAGCAGGAUGAAAGCACACCAUCUAGUGGAGGGGAACAGAAGGAACCGUCUCAGCGUAUCCAGGGCAGUCUAGAGGAGCAGCUAGUGAUGGUAGAGACCAAGGGUAAGGUGAAGGGUUAAACUGUCUGGUAACUUUUAGAAAUGUCACCCGGGCCUGGCACCUUUCACAUUUGAUAGAGGUUGAAUUACAGGGGAGCGAGAGGGGCUGGGCACCCUCAUAACAAAUCAGGUACUGUCAGGAUGGAGGCAAAGUCAAGUGCAGGAGAGCAGAUAAUAAUGAACAGGCACACUUUUAUUAUAGUUCCAAAAACCGAGAGCACUACAUAAAAUCAAAUGCACAUAAAAGUAGAGCGUGUAAACUAACACCUAACAUGAAGACAAUUACACACAAAACAUGGGAAACAGAGGGUUAAAUAUAAGUAGCUUAAUGGGGAAAUGAAAACCAGGUGUGUAUGGAAACAAGACAAAUGGAAAAUAUGAAAAAUGGAGCGGUGAUGGCUAGAAAGCCGGUGAUGUCGAUCUCUGAACGCUGCCCGAACAAGGAGAGGAGCUGACUUCGGUAGAAGUCGUGACAGUACCCCUACACGCGACUCCAAUGGCGCGCCAACACCGGCCUCGAGGACGACCCGGAGGACGAGGAGCAGGGCGAUCCGGCCGGCGACGGUGAAACUCACGCAGCAGUUCAGGAUCCAAAACAUUUGCAACCGGAACCCAGCACCUCUUCGCCGGCCCGAACCCCUCCCACUCCACGAGGUACUGAAGGCCCCCCACCCGACGCCUCGAAUCCAGGAUGGAACGAACGAUGUACGCCAGGGCCCGUCGAUGUCCAAAGGGGGUGGAGGAACCUCCCGCACCUCAGACUCCUGGAGCGGACCAGCCACCACCAG